AUGGAAGACGUGUGGAAAGGUUAUUGCAUUGAUCUGAUCGAAAAACUGUCAAAAGAAAUGAACUUCAAAUACGAACUAGUCGUUAAAGACAAAUUUGGUUCGCUCGACCCAGAGACGAACCAAUGGAACGGGCUCAUCGGUGGACUUGUGGAAGGAGAACUAGAUAUCGUGAUAGCUGCACUCACCAUGACAUCGGAACGGGAAGAAGUCAUAGAUUUCAUUGCCCCGUACUUUGAACAAACGGGAAUAUCGAUAGUGAUCAGGAAACCGUCCAGAAAGACUUCACUGUUCAAGUUUAUGACCGUACUGAAACCCGAAGUUUGGCUUAGUAUCGUAGCUGCUCUGGCCAUGACUGCGGUCAUGAUCUGGAUACUGGACAAAUAUUCGCCUUACAGUGCACAAAACAACAAAACAAAAUACGAACAAUUCAGACAUUUCACACUCGUCGAGAGCUUUUGGUUCGCCUUGACGUCGUUUACUCCACAAGGAGGAGGAGAAACGCCAAAGGCGAUCAGCGGCCGCGUCUUGGUGGCAGCGUAUUGGGUUUUCGUAGUCCUCAUGUUGGCCACGUUCACUGCGAAUUUGGCGGCUUUUCUGACGGUGGAGAGGAUGCAAACGCCGGUGCAGUCCUUACAACAAUUAGCUCGACAGUCGAGGAUCAAUUAUUCGGUGAUUGACGGUAGCGACGCCCAUCACUUCUUUCGCAACAUGAAAAUGGCAGAAGACAUUUUAUACAAUGUAUGGAAAGAGAUAGCAUUGAAUCAAACAAACAAUCGAAAAGAUUUUCGGGUUUGGGAUUAUCCGAUAAAAGAAGAAUAUGGACAAAUAUUGGCGGCAAUAGAAAGAACUGGGACCGUUCCGAACAGAUCCGUCGGAUAUCAAAUGGUACUGGACAACGAGCAAGGUGAAUUCGCUCUAAUUCACGAUUCGUCGGACAUCGAGUAUGAGGUUUAUAAUAAUUGUAACCUGACCGAGGUGGGCGAAAUAUUUGCGGAAAGGCCAUAUUCGAUAGCUGUCCAGCAAGGAAGUCUCAUACAAGAGGAAAUCAGUAGAAAGAUAUUGGAUUUACAAAAGGAUAGAUUUUUCGAACUAUUGAACGCCAAAUAUUGGAAUGCUUCCAAAGUGAGCAUGUGCCCGAAUGCUGAUGACAGCGAAGGCAUCACGUUAGAGAGUUUAGGAGGCGUUUUCAUAGCUACAUUAGUUGGCUUGUUGAUAGCGUUGAUUACGCUUGCUUUUGAAGUCGUCUAUUUUAAACACAAACGAGCCAAGGUAGCUGAAGUUAGUGUUGUUAAUAACACCGUUCACAAGGAUAAGCUGAUGUACGGUCACGAGUUAUUCAUGACACUGGGCAGGAAUUCAAAUUUGGAUGAUCAACCACGUUGGGCAAACAAGAUCAAGCUUGAUUCAACCACAGGCCGACUAAACAACGCAUUAUUCUUUCGUAGAAACAAAUUUCAAAAUUAG